UGUCCUCUAGCGUGAUAGGCUUAGGCUCUUGGGCACAGUAAGGCAUCGCUGAAAUAGUCGCCUAAACUAAAAUUUCCAACUCUGAACUGCGAAGGAAAAGCUUGAGAAGAGGGUGGAAACAGGGUGGGUCUCUUGGAAGCAGAGAAGUGGCGAGGUGGUCGUAUUAACUUGGGGUCUCUGAGAUGACGUAAGGAGCGGAGGGCAAAGCUGGGCAGGGAGCGAGGCUUUCAAUAGAAGGAAGGUCUUGGGUAAAUACUUGGAGAGCAUUGAGUAAAGAAGGCUAAAAUAGCAGAGAACCAGGAGAACAUGGGGUGGGGGUAGGUGGUGGCCAGAACGUAAAGGGUCAUGAUUAUCUUUGGCACCACGGGGCCUGUGCGGUAGACGCAGAACCCUCCUGAAGCUGUUUCCUGGCGCAGUUCCGCGCUGUCAUCUCAAGGGGAAAACAUGGAGGCAUGUGGGGAUGCCCUUUGAGUGUAAUAAAAAGCAAAUUAUUUGCAGCCUGGAACACUACCUUUGUGAACACGACACAUUUUCCCUCCCAGUUGGUCCUAAUGUUGCUGGCAGAAUGUCUAGGGAGGAUUCAGACCCCUCGGCUUUAACCAGGGCCCUGGCUCCAGGCCGCUCUGGCUUCUGUUCAUUAUCUUCAGUUUAAGGAGUGUCCGUUCCCCAGAGACUGUCUUUGACCUCUGUCUGCAGAAACCUUUCACCUCAGAUCUCCAGAAUCCUUCAUCCCCAAACUUACUGUCACUUCCACAUUUAUCACCACCUAGCAUUGUCUUGUUCAUCUUGGGUUUUUUGCCACCUCUUCUGCCAAGACUGUGAGUUGGCCCAGUCUUCCUGGGGGUCGGCCUCUGGCUUUUUUAACACAGUGCCUGGCCCAUAGCAAAAAAUCCUAAAUAAUUGUUAAAUGUGCUGGGGAGAGUAAGUAAUGUGACUCAGGGUCACAUAGGAAAUGAACAUUUCCAACUCUAAUGAGGGUGUGAAAGAGAUAAGGGUUGAAGGGAAGUCUGAAGUCAGGGAAGAUGGUGAGCUGGCGUGAAAGGUGUGAGUUCACUGCUAGUGACUUGGUCGGUACCGUUACAAAAGAAGAGCAGACUGAAAUAGCCUCCCUCCUUCCGGUGACCCAGCUGUCAGUAUUCGAGCUCUGUGUGGGCACUGCAGAGUGUGCUGCUCUUCCAUAGAAUCCCCUUAAGGUAUCUUCUGUCAAGAAGAGGGUGUGGUCAGAGCCCAGGGCUUUGUGUUUUCUCUCUAUACCCGCCCAGUCUUACUUCUCUUAGGCCCAGCAGGAUUUCUUGUUCUUCCUUUGUAGUGAUUUUGGACACACAGCCUUCAGGAGAUCAAGUGUUGAACUUUACUGUAUCCUGUCUGUGGGCUCAGUGCUCAUCUUAUCGCCUCUUGCAAGGCAGGAUCAGCUGCUUCACUUUAUAUGACAAAUCUGAGGAAGUCUCAGAGAUGGGAGUGAUUUGUGCAAAGUUCUUGCUUGUGUGGCUUGGAAUCCAUUCUUACUUUCCUCCACUCUGCUGCGAGAAAACAACUCUGGUAGCGAUGACACAUGGCCUCUCUUAUGGCACUGUCUCACAUGCCAUUUUGGGGGUGAUUUCAGGGAAAAAAUUGACCUCUCAGUGUUUUGCACGUGCAGUUAAGAAUUAUCUUCUCUGCAAAAACACAAGUUCAUUAGAGAACUAUUAUAGAGCAGGAGGAGUCACAGCACCCACUGCUGUUGGCCAUCCAAGGCGGUGGCUUCCUACCUUCUCCUGUGGACCACCCCGCCCAGGGGCUGCAUUUGCUGAGGUGCACAUUUCUCUCACCCACCCUCGCAUUAAGAAUCCUGACCACCAUAAGGAAUUGGGCCCAGGGGCCACUUGCCUGCUGGUGGCUGCUGUUUGUUGGGGCUGUGACAGGAAACAUCUGCUUUGGAAAGGCAGAACAAUGCAGGUGGGCAAAUUUUCCCCAGAACUUUACAGUGCAUAACUGAACCCUUGAGUCUGAUCCAGCAAGAUUUAGAUUCAAAUUCAGAGACCAUGAGCCUCAGCGUACGCCACCAGGGAAGCUCUGUGUUAGGCAUUUUCAUGUGAACUAGCCUUUAAAACCCUCACAAUGACAAAUGCAUCUGUAAAUCCACAGCGAGGCGUUCGGGGGACUCAGUAUUUAAGUGCAGUGGUGCAAACUCUUCAGGCAAACAGGACUUCUUUAUAAUUCUUCAUUCUCCGUGUGCUUAAACUGGCAGUCUCAACAGAGAUGAAGUAACGUGAGCACCAAGACGCCCACGUAGAGGUGUUCCCAAGGUGUCUUUAGUGGUGCUCUGUGUUCCCCGAUUUCAUAUGCAUGGAAACUACAGGGCCACACCCUUGGAGCUGUAACUGUCCCCAGGGGAAGGGUUUUUUAGGAUAAGCUUUGGGCCUAAUGGUGGGCCUGAUGCUUGUGAAAUUGUUCAUUGGGAGGAGAGCCUGAUACGGAGGAGGACCAAGUUGUGGUGUCCGCCUUUCCGUCCUGACCUUUGAGCCUCGGGAGAGAAGAAAGUGCACUGUCUUAUGUCACUGGUCACAAGCGCCCAGGUAGAGCGUGGAGUGUGGAUAUUGCGAAGCCAUUUCUGUUACUGGCAGAAGAGCCUCUAGUCCUGCUGAAGCUGCAGUUGUUGUAUAUCGAUCGGCUGCAGAAGACGUCAAUGUUACUUUCGAAGAUCAACAAAAGAUCAACAAAUUUGCACGGAAUACGAGUAGAAUCACAGAGCUCAAGGAAGAAAUAGAAGUAAAAAAAGAAACAACUCCAGAAUUUAGAAGAUGCUUGUGACGACAUCAUGCUCGCGGAAGAGGACGGCGUCAUGAUACCUUACCAGAUCGGCGAUGUGUUCAUCAGCCAUUCUCAAGAAGAAACACAAGACAUGUUAGAAGAAGCAAAGAAAAAUUUGCAAGAAGAAAUUAAUGCCUUAGAAUCCAGAGUAGAAUCAAUUCAGCGGGUGUUAGCAGAUUUGAAAGUUCAGCUAUAUGCAAAGUUCGGCAGCAACAUAAACCUUGAAGCUGAUGAAAGUUAAACAUUUUAUAAUACCUUUUUAAAUUUGUUUAAUAAACUUGAAUAUUGUUUAAAAUGAUAAUUUCCCUUCUUCAAAUGACAUGGAAAGGAAAACUUUCUUUUUUUAAAGUUUUCAUUUGUUUAGUGGAAACUUGCCUAUUUUCACAUGUCUUGCUUAUUUAUUUUAUAUUUUUAAAAGAAGACAGUAUUCAUCUAUGUAUUUUGCAUAAUGAUUAUAUCAGUU